UCACGAACUUUACAACAUCUGCCGACCAUUCAGCAGCAUGGAUGUCAUGGAGGAAUGGCCAGAAAUAGAGAAAGCAGCGACGGAGAAGAGGCGUGAGAUGGUUCUCCAGGGCCCUGCUGUUGAUAAGAAAGUCUCCUCUGGCCGGGGCCUUCCUUCUAAUAUCUACUCCUUAACUCUGCUCAAUUAUCUAGAAGUUAGCCAGUGCCCCAGUUUAACUGAGAUCCACGAGGACAUCCGGCAUCUGACCAACCUGCAGAGCCUCAUCCUGUGCAGGAACAAGCUCGUCUCCGUCCCGGAUACCAUCGGCAGUCUCAAGUCCCUGAAGGUCCUGGACGUUUCAGUAAACAACAUCACGGUUUUACCGGAGGGAGUCACUCAGUUAAGGGAACUCAACACUCUGAAUGUGAGCUGUAACAAGCUGGAGGUCCUGCCGGAGGGACUGAGUCAGUGCACCAAGCUCUCCACCAUCAACAUCUCCAAGAACCACAUCCGCCGAUUCCCAGCUGACCUGUACUCGGAGCGCCUGGACCUGCUCAGUUCUCUGGUGGCUUCCGACAACUGCAUCGAGGAGCUGAGUGGAGACAUUCACCAGCUGCCUGCUCUGAAGGUGCUUGAUCUCUCCAACAAUAAGCUGAGUGAGAUCCCCUCCGACCUGAGCGACUGCCCUAAGCUAAAAGAGAUCAAUUUCAAAGGCAACAAGUUGAACGACAAGCGCCUGGAGAAGAUGGUCAACGGCUGCCAGACCAAGUCCAUCCUGGACUACCUCAGAGGAAAAGGAAGAGUGAGACAGGGAGAGGAUGGAGGUGAUGCUGACGGAGGACGCAGCGCAGACAAGAAGAAAAGGCAGCAACAGAGGAAGAAGAAGGAGAAGGUGGCAGAGGAACCAGAUGAGGUAGAAGAAGUGAACAAGAUGGUAGUGAGGGUUCUCCACGUUUCAGAUGCUCCCACAGCACUGACAGUCACAGUGAGCUCAGAGGUGAAGGAUGUCCGACCAUACUUGGUGUGCUGCAUAGUGAGCGGGAUGAACCUAAAGCCUGGGAAUGCCCUGAAACGCUUCCUGAUGGCUCAGACAAAACUUCACGAGGACUUAUGUGGUAAAAGAACCAUUGCAACCAUCGCAACUCAUGAUGUGCAGCUUCUCAAAGGUCCCCUCAUGUAUGACGUCAAACCACCCACCCAGCUGAAGAUUGUGCCAUUGGGUCGCAAGGAGAUGACAGCGGUUGAGCUGAUAAGACACCUUCAUCUGGAGGCCGAGGAGCUGAGGAAGCAGAAGAAGAGGCAGAAUGUCACUGGGCUCCACAAAUACCUGCAGCUUUUGCAAGGAAAAUCUCUCUAUCCCUGCCUUGUUGAUGCUGAAGGACAUGUGAUCUCAUUCCCACCAAUCACCAACAGUGAGAAGACCAAGAUUAAGAAAACAACCAAAGAGCUGUUCUUGGAGGUGACGAGUGCAACCAGCCUGCAGACCUGUAAAGAUGUUAUGGAUGCUCUGAUUGUCAAAAUGGCAGAGUUGAACAAGUUCACUGCAGAGCAUCAGGAGGAGGUGGACUCGGACGGCGAAGGCGACGGUCCACUGCAACCUGUGGUCAGCAGUGAGGCCUCCAGCCAGCUGAUCGUCCAGCAGGUGCGAACAGUUGACCAAGAUGGAAACCUGAAGGUCGUCUACCCGUCAAAGACAGACCUCUCCAAAGACAUCAGCAACUUGUCAGUGAUUUGGUAGUUUGGAUUAGCUCUGAUGUUUACAUACUACAUGAAGUCCUUUGAACACACUAACAUUGGGGACAUUAUUGCUCAGUUUGAUUACAUCCUGUUGCUUCGGACAGCUUCAGGGAUGUUUUCAUGUUUAAACCAACAUCCUGUUCCUCCCAUUGGUAACGUAUUGUCUGGUUAGAAAUGCUAACAUUUCAGAUUUAUGUACAGCUUUUUGAUUCACAUGUAGGCUAAUAUUUAAUAAUUAUUUCCUGGGAGCACGCUGCUCAUCAUAUACUGUCCAAAUGUCCUGAUUUUGUAUCGUUUGUAAACUGAAGACAACUGAUCAGGUGGUAAAUUAAAUUUAACUGUCACUGACUUUA